GCCAUUUGGAAAGUAGAGGGUUGUGCCAGUGGAGCUUCCAAGAUGAGGGGGCGAAAAUCCCUGACACACACUGUUACUGCGGGCAGGGAAAGCAGGGGAUGAGAGGAGUCUUAACAUACUCAAAUAAAGGCCGCUUAUGGAGCCGGGGAGGUUGCGUGAGAAUCCCCCCGGUUCUGGUGAGUCCGAGGCCGGGGACUGGAGAGGAGAGACUCCCGGUGUAGAGGCAGAGGAGGAGCGGAAACACAGCGCUGUGGUCAGCAGCAAUGGCCCAGCAUCCGAGGCUGGGUGUGUCGAGACCGGUGGGAUCACAGUGCGGGACGAUGAAGAGGAUGAGGAUCAGUACAAAGACGAAGAACUGGACCCCAGAAUACAGGAGGAACUGGAGCAUCUCAACCAGGCGAGCGAGGAAAUAAACAGACUGGAGCUUCAACUGGAUGAGGCCCGGUCGAGCUACAGGAAAAUCCUGACCGAGUCGGCACGCAAACUUAACGCUCAGGGCUCCCAGCUCGGUGCGUGCAUAGAAAAAGCCCGGCCGUACUACGAAGCCCGUAGACUAGCGAAAGAGGCCCAACAGGAGACGCAGAAGGCAGCACUGCGCUACGAGCGGGCCGUCUCCAUGCACACGGCCGCGAGGGAAAUGGUGUACGUGGCUGAGCAGGGUCUCCUGGCUGACAGGAACACGCUGGAUCCGACCUGGCAGGAGAUGCUCAAUCACGCAACAUCCAAGGUGAACGAGGCCGAGGAGGAGCGUCUGCGGAGCGAACGGGAACACCAGCGGGUCACGCAGCUGUGUCAGGAGGCCGAGGCGCGAGUACAGACUCUACAGAAAGCUCUCAAGAGGGUCAUCAUCAAGUCUAAACCAUACUUUGAACUCAAGGCCCAGUUUAACCACAUCCUGGAGGAGCACAAGGCCAAGGUGGUCCUGCUGGAGGAGCGGGUGGCGAAGGUGAAGACGCGCUACUCCGUCGCGCUCCGCAACCUCGAACAGAUCAGCGAGCAGAUCCACGCCCAGAGGGGGCGUGCUCGAGAAGCCAGGCAACGGAACCGAGCCCGCGGUGGGCGGAGCUCUCCGGUAGGGGCGGAGGCCGAGGGCGUCAUACAGGCAGGGGCUUAUGGGGGAGUAGGGGUGAGUCUGAUGGAUAACGAUUGGGCAGAUCAGGAGAAAACAAGGCAGUGGGUGGAGAAGCACAGGGAGGAAGGGUGGGGCCAAAAGGCUGAGAGGGCAGGGUCAGACUCGCUGUCCGUCAUCAGCCUGCAGACCAUCGCCUCGGACCUGGAGAAGUGCGACUCGGUGGAGCACCUGGGCGACUUGAGCGACGUCAGUAGUGUGAUCGGAGAGGAGAGGGAGGGGGAGCGGGAGAAAGAGCGAGCGAGUGUGUUUAAGCAGGGAAAAGAGAACGAAACAGGGGCCUCAGGGACCGAACGACCUCAGAGGGACCGAGAAAACUUCGUGAAGCAACACCACAGAAGUGUGAGCUUGUAAGAAGUACCGAUAUUUUUAUAUAUAUAUAUAUAUAUAUAUAUAUAUAUAUAUAUAUAAAAACGACCUUAAACCUCGAAGUCCGUGCCAUUGCUUCAGCCUUUCAUGCUAUUCUCUGUACGCUCUCGGAGGCAGUGUUACGCUUCUCACCGUCUCCUAAAACGGCUUCACUCGCAGACAGAGAUGUAAUAGACAGAACGCAGCGUGAGUGAGAGGAAAGCGCGGAAGGCUGCGACGGAAGGCAUCGAAACGCUCUAUCAACUCCGAGACGCCCGCUCGGCAGCAGUGGCUGAGAGGUAGAAGUCAUUUUUAGCCGAUAAUGAAGACAGGGAAGAAGAAACCCCCCCCCCCCACCGAAUAAUAUAAAAAGGGAAAGAUGUAAUGACUACUUGGCAUGGCGUCGUUUCUGUAACGCUGCAUAUAGAGCAGAGCAUAAUGUUACGUUUUUGUUUUUUUUAUCUUCUCCAUAUUAAUGAAUAACAAUAAGGGAAGAAACAGAUGGGGGGGGGCGCCUCGGCGUGUCCUCUGGGGUUUGUAGUUCUCGUGCGCUGAUCCUCACUCUCUUUACAGUUAUAGCGAGAAGGAAAGAGAGAGAGAGAGACAGGGCGAUAAAAGAAAGACAGGGUGUAACUACAGUCUAACACAGAUUGUAAAUAGAUCCCAGCACACAUGAUGGAUCAGGGGCUAAGAAUAGUAUCAGGUUGUUUGCUGUGUGAGCGAGAGAGAGAGAGAGUUCAGUGAUUUAUCGCUUUGAGUUAUGCAGCUUUGGUGUCAAGCAUAUGCUGUAAUAUCCAUGCAGUCACUGGAAUCAGUCUGAGCUGUAAAAAAAAGAAAAAGAAAGAAAGCUGAAACCCAUGAAAAUGGAAUGAUGCGCUCGGGUUUGACUGUGAAAUGGUACGUCGCUGUUUAAGCCACAUCUCGAAAGUGGAUUCGUGAGCAUUUUGGAAGAAAGGGAGCUGUUCUGGAGUGCCUUUCUUCCACGUCUAGGCUGGUUCUCACUGAAUGAGUGUUUCAUUCGAAUAUGUCAGUAUGCUGUCCUGAAGUACCGCCUUUGUAUUUCUAGAAUAUCGUGGCAUAUCUUACUGAGCAUAUUAGUCUUGGCUUAUUUAUUUUUAUUUACUCGCGUGUUACGUAUUCGGUGCCACAUUAGUGCUAGAUUUAAAUAAAUAAAUACGUGUAAUAAAUACAUGUUUACAAGUAUGUUUCUUUUUUUUGUUUUGGGGGGGGGGGAUAACUGGAUCGCCGGGAAGAACCGACGUGAAAAUAAGCACCCGUUCGUGACGUCUGUAUCGGGAUUGAAAGGAAAGGUCAGUACUGUAUCGCUCGUCCGUAUGCGUUCAUCGAAACGUUCCUCUUCGCAUCCCUCCGAAUCCCGGUGUGAAUCCCUUUCUCCUCUCGCUUUUUCCUGACUUACUCUGUCGUAGUUCACACACUGGGGAACGACCCGAUCGGGUACGGCUCGUCAUUUCUCACAAGCUCCCUGUACCUGAAAUGAAAAGCCUGCUAAUUAAAGAGGAAUCCUGCUACUUAUCACCUGUUCAAAACGUGUUCAUUCUGUAAAUGUUAAUUUAUUGAACUGCUGAGGAAUAUUAAAACUUGAAUUUAACAUCUA